GACACGACAUUGCGAAGGGAACGUGUGAAGGAGGAGAACUGGGAGACCACUUGGGGAAAGGCGCUACACGGAAAGGGAGCGCACAGCAACCAGCGAGGCGAAGCGCCACCUCGGCAUUGCAGGCAGGUGAGAAAAGGCGCCGAUUUAGCGGGAAAAGAAGAAGAGAAGCAGCUGCCGCCUCGCGAAGCCGCUUCUGGCGGGGCCAGGAGCCCAGCGGUGCGAAGGAGGGAGCGCAAGUCGGCCACCCCACCCACCGGACUGCACACAGGCAGAGUUAACCCGCCCAGCGGCUGCUGCAGGCGCGGGCGACGCCUCGCAACUUUUCCCUGCGCUCUUUCCCCCGCCGCUCGCCGCGUCGGAUGAGCAGGGCUGCCGCGCGAGAGGCUGCCGCAGCCUCACCUUCUCCUCCCUCCUCUCCGCCAAGCAGCGCCCCCCUCGCUUUUGCCCCCUCCCUGAAGCGUCGCCGGGGCAAAGGAUGGUGUUCCUUACGCCGCCGCCGCCGCCGCCGCCGCCUCCCCGCUGCGGCUACCCCGCAGGCAAGUGAACGAGCGGAGUCCGCCGACUUGGAAAGAGGCACCAGCAGGCGUUCGGCUGGAGGAGGCGGCGAGGGCGGGAAGACCCUUUUGGCUCUGGCUCAGUCUGGCUGGCUUGGUGGGACGAGAAACUCCGUGGGGUAACAGCAGCGGCCCGGAGGACUUCUCCUGGCCCAGGGCUUAAUCUCAGCAUGACUGAGAACUGAUCAAGAAUCUCAAGAAUUUAUUCAUAACAUCCAAGGCAUAGAAGGCAGAGGGUUCUUUACAAAAAUUAUUAACCCUGCUGAAUAAAUAUGGCGGAUCCUUCAGCUGAAGUACCCUUUUUUAUGAUGACACAGCCACAGAUAAUUGAAUCUGCAGGCAUGAGUGAACCUCAGUGCUACUACAAUGAAACCAUUGCUUUCUUUUAUAACCAAAGUGGGAAGUAUCUCGCAACUGAAUGGAACACUGUGAGCAAGCUUGUGAUGGGCCUUGGGAUUACAGUUUGUGUUUUCAUCAUGCUAGCCAACCUCUUGGUUAUGGUGGCCAUUUACGUCAACCGGCGUUUCCAUUUUCCUAUUUAUUACCUAAUGGCUAACUUAGCAGCUGCUGACUUCUUUGCAGGGCUGGCAUAUUUUUACCUGAUGUUCAACACAGGACCCAACACUAGAAGACUGACUGUCAGCACGUGGCUUCUUCGUCAGGGACUCAUUGACACUAGCCUGACUGCUUCAGUUGCCAAUUUAUUGGCCAUUGCCAUUGAGAGGCACAUCACAGUAUUCCGUAUGCAGCUCCAUACGCGGAUGAGUAAUCGGCGAGUGGUGGUGGUAAUUGUGGUCAUCUGGACUGUGGCUAUUGUCAUGGGUGCUAUACCAAGUGUUGGCUGGAAUUGCAUCUGUGAUCUUACUCACUGCUCCAACAUGGCACCACUCUAUAGUGACUCUUACUUGGUCUUCUGGGCUAUUUUCAAUUUGGUCACCUUUGUAGUCAUGGUGGUAUUGUAUGCUCAUAUCUUUGGAUACGUGCGCCAGAGGACUAUGAGAAUGUCAAGGCAUAGUUCGGGGCCACGCAGGAAUCGGGAUACCAUGAUGAGUCUCCUAAAGACUGUUGUCAUUGUACUUGGUGCUUUUAUAAUCUGCUGGACUCCAGGAUUAGUUCUGCUGCUUCUUGAUGUUUGCUGCCCACAGUGCAAUGUCCUAGCAUAUGAAAAGUUCUUCUUGUUGCUCGCUGAAUUCAACUCUGCCAUGAACCCCAUCAUCUACUCUUACCGAGACAAAGAAAUGAGUGCCACCUUCAAGCAGAUUCUUUGCUGUCAGCGCAGUGAGAGCGCCAAUGGACCGACAGAAGGCUCUGACCGCUCGGCUUCCUCACUGAAUCACACCAUUUUGGCUGGAGUACACAGCAGUGACCACUCAGUGGUUUGAACAAAAUCCAACCAAGAUAAAUUUAGUGCUAGGUGAAUACCUAGUUAUGAAGCUAUUGACAACAUUGUCGACACUCUGAAGCAGGGAGAAUAACAACUUUUACAAGUUCUUCUUAUUCACUAAUGGAUUAUAGUACUUAUUCACAUUGCCCAGCCCACGAAAAUUCCCUAGGCUAGAAAUAUUUUUUUUCUUUUUCCUUUUUUUUUUUAAGUAAAACAAGCAGCUCACACUGGGGAGUUGAAAAAUAUUCGUCGAAGCCAUUUAAGCCACCCCCACUAGCCAUUCAUCAGAUGAUGCUUUUGUGACAGUCCUAACAAAAACCAUUUCCACUUCUAUAAGCUUCGUAACUGCUUCGUUGCCUUUUCAUUUCGGCACUAAAGCUUCCUCUUCCCCCCCCCCAUGCAUGUCAUUUAAUAAUCAUCCCCCAUCACUUUGCUUUGGGACAGGCAUUUUCUGGGCAAGGAAUGAAACAGUUUUAACUUACAUUUACACUGCCAAUAACAAUGAGAACCAUAUCAAAAUAAUGAUGGGAAAUAACUUUAUACCUUGGUUUUUAUUAGUGUUUGGGAACAAGCGUGUUAUGUAUAUGCAGAUGCAUUUAAUUCUCACACUGCAAUCAGUGGGAUAUAAAAGUGUUGUUGUCCUGGACAUUUUAAUUGUCAUAAGUAAAGAGCAGAAGCAAGAGUGUAACAUGCAACAAAAAUUCAACUUUCUUGUGGCCAGAUCCUUAAUGUGGAAUAGAAAGGAUCUAAAAGAUCAACUUUUACAUAAAGUAUAUUUUGGGGGCUGAGUCUUCUGACUAAUGGGAUUCGGCUCUUAGAAAAAGUGCUUUUAAAAGAAGGCAUAUUCUUUGCUGUUUUGCGCCAAGGGGAAGGUUUUUUAAUGAGAGCUGAGAUAUGUUUGCCAGAUUUCAAGUUCUGUCCCAGAUUUUAGGGAGGGUUAAUACCACACUCCCAACAAUGGAUAUGAUUGAGAAGCAAGUCUAGUUUCUGGUGAUCAAAUGUAUUGUGUUCGGGGAUUCUCUUUUCCUUGUUAAAGGUUCUGCCUGUGAGGAUGGCAACAUCAAGCUCUUUUUACCCAUUUUCUUGAGGUUUCAAACAAAAGCUUUUGCAUGGUUCUCACUCUGUCCAAAUGAUAGAGGGUGAGUGGAGAAAGGGAGAUUGCCAGCUGCCCAUGGACAUCCUAAGAGGACCUGCUGCCUGAUUAGACAGGAACAGGACUUGCCUUUGAGAUGUAAGAUGGACCAGGACUCUCCCCAUCAUUCCCUUCUGCAUGCUUCUGCCACUUGCUCAUUGCCCUGGUAGUCUGUAAACAGAACUCUGAGGCUCUCUCAGAGUGAUGUAAACUGAGGUGAUUACAGCAGCUGUCUGGGCAAGAUAGUUUCCACAGACAUGAUCUCACAAUGCAUUUCUCCAAGGAUGCCUUUAGAGCAACAUGUGCAAAGGGGACAGAGCUGCAUGCCUUAGUUACAAGGGAAGACUGGAUUUGGGUAGCAGGUCUAUGGGCAGUGGGUGGAUUAGUGUCUGUACUAGUCUACCACCCAAAGCGAAAACUUCAUUUUAUGAAUUGGUAGAGUUGGUCUUGUAGCACCUCUUACAGGCAGCCACUUUUAAAUGUUGGAGAAAGCAAAGGGAUGCUGGACCUGAAACUGAAUUAUUCUUUUUAUAGUAUCCUCUAGUAACUGAAAUAGCAUCCCAAUUUUGCUAUCUAAGAAUAGACAGAUUUGGAGCACUGUCUCUUGUGUAAUUUUGCUCACAUCCAACUGUUUCCUUACUCAAAGUGCAAAUUCCAUUCAGUUUUUACCCAGAACCCCAUGAAAUAAGUUUUUGUCAGUAUUCUAUUCCUACAAAUAGAUUUAAGGAUGAGAAAAGUGACUUUAAAAUAAAAUGUUUCUCUUUGUGAUUGUAAAUUCUUAAUGAAGAUCAAAUAUAAAAAUGUCUACACUGAAGGCUGAGGAUUUUUUAGAAGAAUUUGGGACCAUUAUAAAUAAUUGCACAGUGUUGGCAAUUUGCAACAGUCUGCUUCUAUGUUGAAAACCUGCCUACAUAAGAACCCUUGUUGGAAACAAAUCAAUCAAAAGCUCUCAAAUGAAGGAUAAUAGAUUUGAGCUAGCAUCAUGUUUAUUUGGGUAGAGUAGGUAGAUUUCUAAGAACAAAGUAUAGCAAUGUCAAAACGAUAGACUAUUUUAGUGAUGUACAAAGUGAGUAGGUUGAAAUUAAAGGGAAGUGUGGCUGAUCCUACCAGAAGGUAUCCAGGAAUCACGAAAGGUUCAUCCGACAAAAAAUACUAUAUGAAUUUCAUACUGAAAUUAAAAUCAGUGAGCCCAUUCUUCUUUACUUAUGUAACUUGUGUAAUAAAACAGGUCAGGCUGUUAGAAAGUUUAAAAAUACACUACAUGCUAAGCCACUAAUAAAGUUUUUUCAAUAAGUGUAUAAUA